UCUCUCCAAUUUAUUUAAAAGAGAGAGAGAGAGAAUCUGAUGCCAGCGAUGAAGUAGAAGGAUGAAAGGUUUCUGUGUAGCUGACAUUUGUUGUUUAAAGCUCCUAUCCUCCUCUUCUCUCUCUUCUUCAUUUCAUCUCAUUUCUCUUCUCUCAGAUUUGCAUUUCCUCAACUUCCUCCCUCUCCAUAUGAGGGUAAAUCCUCAUUAAAAUGCGACUACUUUUUCACCCAUAUAUAAGAAUAACCCACCCACACUCACACCCAAGUUAAUUCACAAAUGGCUGUUGCAUCUCCAUCUCCCGCCACCGCCGCUGCCGAGAAGAAGCACUGGUGGCUCACCAAUCGAAAGAUGGUGGAGAGAUACGUGAGGGAGGCAAGGAUGCUGAUCGCCACGCAGGAGCAGAGCGAGAUCGCGGCGGCGCUCCGCCUCCUCGAUGCGGCGCUUGCGGUGGCGCCGCGCAUGGAGGUUGCGCUCGAGCUCAAGGCGCGGAGCCUGCUCUGCCUCCGCCGCUUUAAGGAGGUGGCGGACAUGCUCCAGGACUACAUUCCUAGCCUCAAAAUGGUCAUCUCCGAAGACGCAUCCACCACCGGUUCGUCCGAUAACUCGUCGACUCAGCUGUCGAGGGAACGAGUCACGCUCCUUUCCUCCGGCGGCGCCUCCGAGCCGGCGUGUACGUGCUUCUCCGUCUCCGAUUUGAAGAAGAAAGUUAUUUCCGGUUUGUUUAAGAACGUGGAGGAAGCUGGCCAAUGGAGGUACUCGGUGUUAGGCCAGGCAUGCUGCCACCUAGGUUUAAUGGAGGACGCAUUGGUGCUCCUCCAAACCGGAAAACGCCUCGCCACCGCCGCGUUCCGCCGCGAGAGCAUUUCUCUUUCCGACGACAUCUUCUCCUCCAUCAAACACCCCCUCUCCGGCGAGAAUCACCAGCCGGAAAGGCCUCCGAAGACCGAAUUCGAGAGCAUCUCGCACCUCCUCUGCCACAUCAAGCUCCUCAUCCGCCGCAAGACGGCCGCGAUCGCCGCCCUCGACGCAGGACUCUACUCCGAAGCCGUUAGGCACUUCACGAAAAUCCUCGACGGCCGCCGAGGCGCGCCGCAGGGGUUUCUGUCGGAGUGCUACGUCCACCGCGCCUCGGCCUUCCGAUCGGCCGGACGAAUCGCAGAGGCCAUCGCCGAUUGCAACAGAGCCCUAGCGCUGGACACGUCUUGCAUCGAGGCGCUGGCGAUUAGAGCAGCAUUGUUCGAAUCGAUAAGGUGCUUGCCGGAUAGCCUCCACGAUCUGGAGCAUUUGAAAUUAUUGUACAAUUCGAUUUUGCGUGACCGGAAAUUGCCAGGGCCGGCUUGGAAGCGGCAGAAGGUUCAGUACAGAGAAAUUCCGGGGCGAUUGUGCUCGUUGGCUGCUAAAAUCCAGCAGCUGAAGCAGAGGCUAGCCGGAGGAGAGAGCGGAAACGUGGAUUAUUACGCGUUGAUGGGAUUGAGGAGAGGUUGCUCGAGAUCGGAAUUGGAAAGAGCUCAUUUGCUGCUGAUGCUGAGACACAAGCCGGAGAAAUCAUGUAAUUUCAUGGAGAAAUGCGAAUUCGCAGAUGACAAAGAUGUGGAUUCCGUGAGAGAUGGGGCGAAAAUGUCGGGAUUGCUGCUAUACAGAAUGAUUCAGAGGGGUUAUACUAGUGUAGUGGCUACGAUUUUGGAGGACGAGGCGCAACGGAAGAAGGCAGCGGAACCAGCUAUAGGGGGGGAAGUUUGUGGCGGGAAUAAUAUGGUAGCGACGACAGCGUUUCAAGGUGUGUUUUGCCGGGAUUUGGCGACAGUUGGGAAUCUACUUUCGCAAACCGGGUUCAGUAAUUGUAUCCCGGUCAAAUACGAGGCACUCAGUUGUUAAUUAACGUGCAUUGAUGAAUGAAGUGAGCACAGCCAAAACAGAAACUACGUGCCAAUGUGUUCGGACCACUGGAUUUUUAUUCGGAAGCAAAUGAGUAUGCUAUGCUAGGUGAUCUCAACAGACUAUGCUAGGUGAUCUCAUUCAGGGGGGAAGUUUUGCUACUAGCUUGUACUAUGUGGUUAGAUCAUUUAUUUAUUACAUUUUGUGUUUGCGUAACAAUAUGUUUUGGUGUAUGUACAGAUGUUAUUAUGUGAAUGAUGAUAGAGGUAAGGUGAGAUGAGA